GAAAAAAUGAGGCGGAAGCGGCGUUCCGAUUCGUUUGAUGAAGAUGACUUUAGAUCAAAAAGAGACAGGACAGAACCAGAUACGAUUGAAUCUCUCAUAUAUCGAAUAGGGUUCAAAGACCUUUCUAAUAUAGAACGGGAUAUUGGAGAACUCGCGUCAGUUAUUCUAGCAGAUAUCCCAAAGAAUGGAGAGGGCCUUUUGAAAGUUCUGAGCAAUUGUGUAAAGAAUGUUCCAGAACGAAUACUGAUUUACGCAACGUUAGUUGGGUUGCUGAAUCUAAAAAAUCGAUCGUUUGUCGGCCAAUUGAUAGAACUUCUACAGCGGGACCUGAAGGAUGCUAUUAGAUCGGCGAGUUUUGAGGAUGCUAAAUAUAUAGUUUUGUUCUUGUCAGUAUCUGUUAACUGUCAUACUGUUCAGAAAGCAUCCAUUCUCGGUCUGUACGAAAAUUUUGCUGAAGUCACUCUUGAUGCAGGACGAAGUUCUCAGGCUCGAACUGAUUGGUACACAUACGUGAUUCUUUACGGUCUACCAUACAGUGGUUACUUGCUAGCUUCUUAUGACGCUUCAGCAUUAAACGAUAUAUUAGGUACAAUUGAAGUUUACAUGACUAAACGCCAGUGCCCCCAUGUCUCAUUAUUACGCGUUUGGGAGUCAAAUGAUCCUCACCCACAAGAAGAUUAUCUGGAUUGUUUGUGGGCUCAAAUAUGCAAUCUCCGAAAUAGUGGUUGGGUGGAAAAAGUAACUUGGAGAUUAUAUGACUCUUUUCCUAGCUUAAAAGAACAUGGUCAGCCGCAUAAAUUAUCACCUCUCACACCUCCUGAUUAUGAUGCGGAGGUUAUUUAUCCUCUUCCGUCUGUGGUUUUUCGAAUGUUUGACUAUACUGAUGUAAUAGAUCAAGAUGAAAACGAGAUUGUUCCUAAUUCAGAUUUAUCAUCAGAUGGAGUUAAAUCUAAUAAAGAAACUCCUGUCCUUCCGGGAGCACAUACUAUCGAACGAUUCCUUAUUGAUGAACAUUUGGCAAUUUUGAUGAAUAAUUUAAGUUUCAACAGAGUUAUGUGUGCUAAGGCUCUGUUGGGACUCAAAACUCGAGCCAAAGUAGCUUUAGAUUACAUGAUCAUUGAAGCUGUUUUUGCUGGAAUGUUUCACUUACCUCGUCCACCAGUUCAACAUGGGAAUCUUCUGUUUUAUGGGAGUUUACUAGUACAGUUAUGCCAUGAAGCUAGUAAUACAAUUCCUCUGGUGUUAGCUCAAGCCACUGAAGUCCUAUUUGAGCGUUUAGAUAAUAUGAAACCUGUUUGUAUUGGCAGGUUUAUUGAAUGGUUUUCAUAUCAUUUAAGUAAUUAUCAAUUGCAAUGGAGUUGGAAAGAGUGGUCCUCAUCUCUAACUCUAGAUCCGAUGUCUCCACAAAAACGUUUAAUUACCGAAACAUUAUGUCGAUUAAUACGUUUUUCAUACUACGAGAACGUCAAACGUUUACUUCCGAAAUCUUUUUAUAUAAUGUUACCACCUCAACCUACGGUAAUCAAUAAAUAUGAAAGUAAUCCAGAUUUGUCUUCUGCACGUGCAUUCUUUCGUCUAGUGGAUUCUAUCCGAGCACGCCUUGAACCCCAAACCGUCUUAAGAAUAGCUGAAACUGCCUCACAUAGUCGUGGUCGGCGUCUUUCACUAUCAGAACCAUUCGAUAAUGAUGGGGUAAGAGAUGAAAAAGAUGAAGAUGCAUCUAGUGAUGAUAGUCACUCUGAUCAUAGUGAUGAGGAGCGUCGUGGAAAAAGCCCCAUUGAUACCAUUCCUCUCUCAGAUCCUGAGUUUGAUGACUUGGAUGAUCCUGAGCCUGCUAAACAAGAAACUCGUGCUCGUCUUAAAGCGCGUCGACGAAUGUUACGGGAGAGUGCAAUGAAACGUAAUUUAAAAAUAUCAUCAGAAGGUAAUGCCGAUGAACAGGUCGGCGUAAGAAGUGAUUCUAUCGAAAAAUUGCCAUUUACCACAGGAGCUCAAGUGUCUGAACUUUCUCCUGGAGUGACAAAUUUAGCUAUUGAAUUAUUUUAUUCUGCUAUGUUGAUCGCUGGUCAUAAAACAAUCAGUCACACAUUUGCGUUCAUAAAAAAGUAUGCUGCUGUCAUCCGGACUCUUACAUCUACUGUUGAAACUCAAGUAGAAGCUUUACAUGUAAUUCAAGCGGUUUGGGCUAAUAAUCCACAAAUGAUUGUCAUUAUUACAGAACAUAUGUGUCGUGUUGGUUUGAUUGAUCCGGAAGCGGUUGUUCGAUGGGCAUAUUCACCUAUAAUGACAACGUUAACAGAUGAUACAGUCAAUUUGAACUCUGCUAAUGCUCGUCCAAAAAUUUUGGACUUUUACGUUUGGGAGUGCUUAAGUCGAACUCUUGUUCGUGUCGGUAGGCGAGUUACUCGAAUUACAAGUAGACUAGAACUGGCAAAAGAAACGAUGGAAAUUAACAGGCGUUCUGUAAGUUGUUGCUCAUGUUAAUUGUUUCGUGUUUCUUACUUUGUUAAUAUUGCUGGUCGAUAACUUGGACCUAUGCGUAUGCAGUGUUUUCUAGAACAGUUUUAUCGCUGAUAGUAUCUCGUAACUCCACUCUGUUCACGCCACAACGUAAACCAUACAUUCUGGGUAUUUCAUUGUUUUUGUCUGUCCACUUUUGUCAUUGGGCACUUUUACCAUCAUGUGUAUUUUUGUCUGUCAGUAUUAAUCACCUGAUUUUCAUAUUAUCUUUUUAACUACCCAUGUUUCUUGCAUGUUACGUUAUAAUUUUGCUCCAAAACGAUAAACCCAGUUAUUCAUCACUGAACAUCCACAAAUGGAGCGACUCAUUAAUAUUAUUCAAUAUCAAAAUUACUAUCAAUCCCUUGAUACAAAGUAAAAUAACCAGUUUUGUUGUCUUUUUGAAUGUUUUUCAAAGACGGUGGAUCAGAUCUUCGAAUAAGUAUUAGACAUCAAGCACUGUUCCAUCAAAUCAGUCUCAAAAACAUGGCACUGUUGACGGAAUGGUUAGUUUCCGUAAAAGCCAAGUCAUCAUCAAUAUUCUGCACCUAGCACAAUGUUCGUAAUCCUGCGUUUGAUAUUCACCUUUUAAUUAGAAACUAAAGCACAGAGCUAAGCGUCGUUCAAGAUGGCACAUAGAACGUACAUACUGUAACACCAUCCGAACCCAGUAUCAGCAUUCUUUCGCAAAAGUAGUUACUUCUAAGUACUUUUUUCAUUUCUUUCCUUUUAAAUCAUAUUAAUUCAAAAUAUUGUUUCCUCUUUAGAUUCUUAGGCAAGUUUAGUUAACUUUGCCAUCUUGAGAGAUAAGCGGUUGUCAUGAUCUUGAAGCUUUUAUCUAAGUAUGUAGGUCUUCAUUUAUAAUUUUGUUUCCGUGCCAAACAUGUACUAGUUUCUUCAAGUUAACAAUAAAUGUAUUAUUUUGUUUUUCGAUCUUGUUAAGUCUCCUUAUUCGACUCCUGAUCGUGAAGACGCUGACCAGGGAGGAGAUGGUGAUAGCUUUCCACGGACUGGAGUCGACAGUGAUUCAUUCUUCAAGAAACCGAAAGAUUCCAUUUCUGGGAGAAUUAAAGUCAGUGACCGACGAAAACUUAUGGCAGGCUGUGAACUGGUUUCUUCGUCUGACGAUGAGGCUUAUGGUGGAGGAAAGGAUAAUGUUGGUGGUCGAGUAGCCAGACUAGAAGAAGCCAGGUGUGAAGCAGUUCGUAGUCAAUGUGCUGUCAUUACACUUCUUCUGCAUCGUCAUGCUAGACUUACUGCUGAACUUGCAUCUGAAAUGUCUGGAUCUACUCAGAACCAUUCAUUCAAUACGGAUUCUCCAUUUUUCUUACAUGAACCAACUCAACCGAAAAGUUUGUCUGACGAAGCUUUACGAAAUAUAAUGUUCUGGUUAAAAGGUCGUUUAGUACAAGUGGUUCUUGAGCAUUGCGAUCAAUUAAUACCUUAUCUGGAUAACCUUGAUGAAUUUAUCUGUGGAGCUCAUCCUGAAGUUCAAGGCGUGUUCCAACAGCUUCGUUCAUUGUACGCAUAGCAAUCUCAUUUUGAUACCUUCUUUAUGAGGAAGUCAACUUGUGUGUACUUCAAUUCGUUAUGUACACUUUUUAUCCAAGGAUUGUAGAGUAUUUUGUAACAUAUGGUUCUCAUCGUUUACCUCCCG